GGUCGAUAAACGUCAAAAUCGCCAUCAAGUUACAGCAACAACAGAGCAUCGAACGAACUGAGCAAGUGAAAUAGAUUCGCAAGGCUUUCCUUCGUAAGCCUUGCGUUGUUUGCUAAUUUGUUUAAUUAAGUUCGACGGAAUUGCAGAUGCAUUCGCGCAUAUUUGGAUUCGCGAAUCUUCGCGAUUGAACAAAGGUUUGGUGCAAGUGUGCAGCUGCUGCGAAAAGGAAGAAAAUAUACGAAUCGCCCUCUCACUGGGUGGAAGUUGCUCGAGAUUAGCAAAGUGCAGCAGCAGCAAUAGGGAAACGGAGGUUGCUACCUGUUUUGAGAAAACGGAAUAACAGCGCCCGAUUUUGUGUACGUGCGUGUGUGUGUGUGUGUGCUUUGUGUAUGUGGGCUGCCCACUUGGCAAGGAAAGUUAUAAAACAGCAAUACUAGAAAAAAAGGAUGGGUAAACAUUACAACCAUUAUUAGUGAAGACAUUUUUCAAUUGCUUCGAACGCUAAGUCAGCGGGUGGGAGGGAAAGCGCGAUGGUUAUGAAAUUCCGUCGCGUAGCAGCUUGUUGAUUGGCGAUUUCCUUGAUUUCCACUGCCACUGAUUAGUUGACACAACCGUACGAAAAGAGUUACCUUACCACCUGCCAAGAUGGGACUCCUGUUUGCGAAAAUAUGGAGCCUUUUCGGAAACGAAGAACACAAGCUAGUGAUGGUCGGCCUAGAUAACGCCGGCAAAACCACCAUCCUGUACCAGUUUCUGAUGAAUGAAGUCGUACACACGAGCCCGACGAUUGGAUCCAACGUGGAAGAGAUUGUGUGGAAAAACAUCCACUUUCUGGUGUGGGAUUUGGGCGGCCAGCAGAGCUUACGGGCAGCGUGGAGUACGUAUUAUACAAACACAGAGUUUAUCAUAAUGGUCAUUGAUUCGACAGACAGGGAACGGUUAGCGGUGACGCGGGAAGAAUUGUACAAAAUGUUGCAGCAUGAAGACUUAACCAAGGCGAGCCUGCUAGUGUACGCCAAUAAACAGGAUAUGAAAGAUUCGAUGAGUGCAGCUGAGAUUUCCAAACAGCUAGACCUAACCUCAAUCAAGAAGCACCAGUGGCACAUACAGUCCUGCUGUGCGUUAACGGGUGAAGGUCUCUACCAGGGCCUGGAAUGGAUAGCCCAAAGGAUCAAGAAGAAAUGACAUCCACCCGAGUAGCAGUAAAACACCACAAGGCUAGUAGAUUCAUCUCGUGUGCAGUCAGCAAGCCGUUUUUCCUUGUCCCGCUCCAGCCCAUUCUUCUAGCCUUCCAGUUGGAAUUGGAAUUUGCGGGCGGGGGAAUUCCUUUAAAGGGAAGAUGUCGACUCGAUACGCAUGAUGGAACAUAAAAAAAGAGAGAGAGAUAGGUUAAGCUAAUCAAGAUUUAUUCUUAACGUGUAUACCGAUAAAGAGAAUAACAAUGUAACGAUGAAUCACGAGGAAAAGUCAGUAACAAAAUAACUCAAGAGCCUCACCCCCAGCUUCCGUUGUUUACUACUGAAGCUUCGUAAGACACCAUCUGUGUCGACCUGAUGCAAAGUGCUGUAGAUAAAUACUAACAUCCUCCCGUGUAUGUGAUGACGUAAAGACACUAAUAAGCAAAUCGUGAACGAGAUAAGACUCGAAACUCAAAUAACGCAAACGUGAAAGAGACAGCGAGAAACCUGAAGAGAUGUGAAAUUCGGUGACAAUGACCCCCUCAGUUCCCCCUACAUCCUAGUUAAGUGUUUUAUAUCUGGUUACUAUUUAGUUCUAUAAAAAAAAGACGAAAAAGAUAUACUUACAAUAUUAGUUAAUAAAAAAAAAGAUGAAAGCUGAUUA